AUGGCCAAUAGAGGACCAAGCUAUGGCUUAAGCCGAGAAGUUCAAGAAAAGAUUGAACAGAAAUAUGAUCUAGAACUGGAAAGUCGUUUAGUGGAUUGGAUUAUUGUACAAUGUGGUGAAAAUAUAGAGCAUCCCCCUCCUGGCAAACAACAUUUUCAGAAAUGGCUAAUGGACGGAAUACUGCUCUGCAAGUUAAUAAACAAUCUUCAUCCCAAGGGAAAAGAACCUAUUGCAAGGAUCUCAGAAUCAAAGAUGGCUUUCAAACAAAUGGAACAAAUUUCUCAGUUCUUGAAAGCUGCAGAAAUCUAUGGAGUACGAACAACAGAUAUCUUCCAGACAGUAGAUUUAUGGGAAGGAAAAGACAUGGCUGCCGUGCAAAGGACUCUAAUGGCUUUAGGCAGUGAAGCUGUUACAAGGGACGAUGGAUGUUACAAAGGGGAUCCCGCCUGGUUUCACAAGAAAGCACAGAAGAACCAGCGAGGAUUUUCUGAAGAGCAGCUUCGCCAAGGACAGAAUGUCAUCGGUCUUCAAAUGGGAAGUAACAAGGGAGCAUCCCAGUCAGGGAUGACAGGAUACGGAAUGCCAAGACAGAUCAUAUAGUUUAAACCACCUUUAAACUCUCACUUACCCACUUGGUAGCAUGGCCUGACUGAAAAACACAUAGCUAGUUAAUGUUCAUGCUGAGAUCUGCUUCUAGGUUUUCUCUCUAAGAUUAUGUGUGUGUGUAUGCAUAUGUAUACACGCACACACAUACACACAGUCUUUCAACUGAAACUGUGGAUCUGUGUGUUUGUUGCGUGUUAGUUCACAUAGCACGCUGACACCUAUAUGAUGUUCAUUUUUGAACUAUGCAAAGACUAUUUUUCUGUAUUUAUUUGCAAUUUGUUAUUUUCUGUACUCUUGUCUUAUUGAACUGCCUAUAACUUCUCAGUCCUUUUCUUCU